UGUGAGAGUUCAGAUUUCAUAGAUCAAUUGCUAUCAUCAAAACAAUUUUAAUUUUUCUCUCUUUUCAGCUAUGGAAAUCGAUUUGACUCCUCAGUUGGCCAAGAAGAUCUAUGGCAGUGAUGGAGGAUCCUAUUAUUCCUGGUCUCCGAAGGAACUUCCGAUGCUCCGUGAAGGUAACAUCGGCGCCGCUAAGCUCGCGCUCGAGAAGAAUGGCUUUGCUCUCCCUCGCUACUCCGAUUCGGCUAAAGUCGCUUACGUUCUUCAAGGCAACGGAGUAGCCGGAAUCAUUCUGCCGGAAUCGGAGGAGAAGGUGAUUGCAAUCAAGAAAGGAGAUGCGAUCGCUCUUCCAUUCGGCGUGGUAACGUGGUGGUUCAACAAAGAAGCCACCGAUCUGGUGGUUCUGUUCUUAGGCGACACUUCCAAGGCUCACAAAUCCGGCGAGUUCACCGACUUCUUCCUAACUGGCGCCAACGGAAUCUUCACCGGCUUCUCCACGGAAUUUGUCGGACGAGCCUGGGAUAUGGACGAGGCGUCAGUGAAAUCUCUGGUAAAAAAUCAAACCGGAACCGGAAUCGUAAAGCUAAAGGACGGAGUCAAGAUGCCAGAGCCAAAAAAGGAGCAUCGAAAUGGAAUGGCGCUGAACUGCGAAGAGGCGCCACUUGAUGUGGACGUGAAGAACGGCGGACGAGUUGUGGUCCUGAACACCAAAAACCUACCACUAGUAGGCGAGGUAGGCCUAGGUGCAGAUCUGGUCCGAUUGGACGGAAGUGCCAUGUGCUCGCCAGGAUUCUCGUGCGAUUCCGCCCUGCAAGUGACGUACAUCGUCAGAGGCAGCGGAAGAGCGGAGGUAGUAGGUGUGGACGGGAAGAAGGUUCUGGAAACAAGAGUGAAGGCUGGAAAUCUGUUCAUAGUGCCGAGAUUCUUCGUGGUAUCGAAGAUCGGAGAUCCGGAAGGAAUGGAGUGGUUCUCCAUCAUUUCUACUCCAAAUCCGGUUUUCACUCACUUGGCCGGCAGCAUCGGCGUCUGGAAAUCUCUUUCACCGGAAGUUAUUCAGGCAGCCUUCAAUGUGGAUGCCGAUUUGGUGAAGAAUUUCUCUUCCAAGAGGGCUUCUGAUGCCAUAUUCUUCCCUCCAUCCAAGUAGUUUCAUAGAAUUUGAAAAUCUGCAUCCAAUUAGUUUUAGUUUUUCAAUCUGCUGUUCUUCGUCGUUUCUUUCUUCCAUCCAAUUAGUUUCGUAGUUUUUCAGUCUGCUGUUCUUCGUGUUCUUCAGAUCACAGUAAGUGAAUUAAAUAUGUUUUUUUUUUUGCUU